GCCCCCACUCGAAUUUUAUAGUUGUUUCCCGGCCUUGGUGGCCUUGCGAUUUCAUGGCGGUGACCGCCCAGGCUAUCCACUUUGCCAAGAAGGCCCCUUGUGCUCAUUGGCACGUCGAGCUCCAGGCCCAGGACCUCAAGCCGGGCUUCGUGGAUGCAGGCCGGUAUCGCAUAGCAGCUGCCAGCGCUCUCGCAGCCUUCUCCGCACGGCGACAGGUCCGCUGCGUGUGGCGAGCAGCAGACGCAGGUGCUGCGCCUGCGCCGCCUGCGCCUCCGGCCGCUCCCAGAGGCGGCCAGAGGGGAGCCAAGCUGGUUCCAACAGCGAUUACUGUGGGCAUCGGACUCUUCAUCCGCUUUGUGCUUCCGGUGCCAGCAGGUCUCAGCGGCCAAGCAUGGUCCAUCCUCGCGCUGUUCGUGGCCACAGUGGCGGGCAUCGUCACACAGCCGCUUCCAGCGCCAGGCGUUGCCUUCUGCGCUUUGGCAGUGGGGUUGCUGACGAAGACGCUUACCUUCCAGGAAGGCGUGGCGGCUUUCACUGACGAGGUCUUGUGGCUUGUGCUGCUGGCCUUCUUCUUUACAAAGGGCUUCGCCAAGACGGGCCUGGGCGAUCGCAUCGCGCUGAGCAUUGUCCGCUUAGUGGGCGGAACCACCCUGGGCCUUGCCUACGGCUUGAAUCUCGCAGAGGGAGCGCUGGCUGCUGGCAUGCCAUCCUCAGCUGCGCGGGCUGCCGGGGUGUUCUACCCAUUGGUGGACUCUGUUGCCAAGGCGUGCGGAUCUGAGCCGGAGAAGAUGAAGGCCAAGAACACGGGCGGCUUCUUGGUUCAGAGCUCCUUUCAGGCGACCGGCAACUCUUCCUCCCUGUGGCUCUAUGGCGCUGCACAGAACCUCCUGGCGCUCAGGCUUGCAGCCCAGCUGGGCUAUGUGGUGCCCUCGCCCUUCAUGACCUGGCUGAAGGCCAGCUGCGUUCCUGCAUUGGUGGCUAUGGCCCUCACACCGCUGGUGGCCUUCUGGGCAUUGACGCCCGAGGUGCGACGCACCCCCAACGCGCCGUUGGAGGCGCGGCGCAAGCUCGAGGAGAUGGGGCCGAUGUCCAGGGAUGAGGUGAUCCUCGCUGGUGUGAUUGCGGGCAUGCUGUGCCUGUGGGCGGGCUCCUCCGCCUUCGGGAUCCCGGCGGUGCAUACCGCGGUGCUCGGCCUGAGCGUGCUGCUUGCCUCUGGAGUGCUCAGUUGGUCAGACUGCGCAGAGGAGAAGGGCGCAUGGACCACCAUGACCUGGUUCGCCAUCCUGGUGAGCAUGAGCGCCAUGCUGAACAAGCUGGGCAUUGUGAAGUGGCUGGCCGCGUCACUCUCUGCGAAGAUCUCAGCAGCAGGUCUCUCAGGCUGCUCGGCAUUCUUGGUGCUUCUAGUCCUGUAUACGUUCUCGCACUAUGCCUUCGCUUCUCAGGUGGCGCAUCUUAGUGCGCUGUACCUGCCCUUCAUUGCAAUGAUGGUGGAGACAGGCACGCCUCCGAUGGUCGCAAUCUUCUCGCUGGCUUUUGCGUCCAACAUCUUCGGUUCCAUGACGCCGUACUCCUCGGCGCAGGCGCCCGUGUUCUUUGGUGGGGGCUAUGUGUCGCAGCGCGACUGGUACAGGCUUGGCUUGAUCUUCAUCCUCUUCAACCUGAUUGUUUGGGUCGGUGUGGGCGCAGUAUGGUGGAAGGCAGGCAGACAUUUUCACAGGGUCGUCCAUCCGAUCUAUUCCAACGAAUGAUGGAGUAAUUGUAUAACAGCCAUCAUGCAGAUGAUCCUGGAC